GUAAUGUAAUUGUCGCCACAGAUUGUCGCGUUGACAGAUCAUGUGGAACAAAAUUGCAUACUUGAUACUAUAAAAAGAAUACAACGGAAGUGUGUUGUUAAAAUAUUUAUCCGAUGACCACUAUCCAUAUAACAAAUGCAUCAUCUAUAAGAUAAUUAAUAUAAAAAUCGCAAUGUUGUCUCGUUACGUAGUAUCGCAAGUGAAGCACAAUUCUUACUUUCUUGUGGGGUUAGCGCUGGGACUAUGGGUGGCCCUCGCGAUGGUGCCCUUGGAGGAGGAUAUGGAAGCGUGUGUAGCAGAGAGUGUGAGGGUGGAGCCGGUGGCUGAUGACUACGAGCCGCACAGAGAAGAGAAGCCGCUGCGGUCCGCGGGCCAGCCAGGCCGGAGCGUGCAGCGCCCGAGGUACUACAGCACUGAGCUCGGCAUUCGGGGCCGCUUGCUGGCAGGUGCACUCAGUUCUGAAUCGGAAUUAGAAACGCGUGCAGCUGCUUUAAAUAAGACAGCAUCGCAACUGCAGCCUGCGCUGAGGUUCUUUAUAACAGCCAGUGCUCUGCAGGCAGCGCCCGGCAAAGCCAAUGUCGUAGGCUUCACUGAUACAAGAGAGAUGUUGAAACCUUUCCACGCACUAAAAUAUCUUGCUGAUAACUAUUUGGAGGAAUAUGACUUCUUCUUUCUAGUGUCUGAUACUUCAUAUGUGAAUGCCAGGCGUUUGAAUGAGCUUGUAUCAAGGAUCAGUGUUAGUCAGGAUGUUUACAUGGGAACAGUGGCUGAAGAUGAUACACAUUAUUGUACGUUAGAGGGUGGCAUCCUGCUGUCGAACUCGGUGCUGCGCGCUGUGCACGGCGAGCUGGACUGGUGCGUGCGCAACUCGUACUCGGCGCACCACCACGAGAACCUCGGCCGCUGCGUGCUGCACGCCAAGCACCUGCCCUGCACCGACCGCCUGCAGGGCGAGGAGUACGUGUCGGUUCGUCUGUCGGACGGCGCGACGGGCCUGACGCCUGCACUGGCCCGCGCCGUCACCGCCGCGCCGCUCGCGCUGCCCGAACACUUCUACCAGAUACACGCAUACGUCUCACGGGUGCACCUGGAGAACGUGCGCACAGAGAUCCGCGUGUCGCGCGGCGCGGCGGCGCGCAGCUCGCGGCGGCACCCGCGCGGCUUCCGCAACGCCACGUGGCCGCCCGCGCUGCGCCACGACGCCGGCCUCGCCUCCCUCCCGCCCACAAGGAUGCAGUGGUUGGCCGCUAACUGCGCUGUGUGCAGGUUCGACGCGCUGCGCUGGACGCGGUUCAACGGCUCGCACGCGUUCCUGCCGGACGACCUGCACGCCGCCAAGCCGCUCGCCAGCGCCUACCGACAGGCCGUCGAUAUGAUACUGGAGGAGAGCGUGGCGUGGGCGAAGCACCGGUGGGGCGCGAGCGAGGCGCGGCUGGUGGAGGGCGCGUGGUGCUGGGAGCCGCCGCACGCGCUGCGCUACCGCGUGCUGCUGGCGGUGGGGGGGGAGCUGCGCCAGCUCGAGGCGGUGCGGCCGCUGGGCGCCGCGCGCCUGGCGCCCGCGCGCUACGUCACCGAGACGGGCCGCGUCACGCUGCUGCUGCCCGUGCCGCACACCGACGCCGCCCUCGCACUGGGUUUCCUGCGUCGCUACGAGACGGUGUGCGUGCAGCGCGACGCGAACACGGCGCUGGUGGUGGUGCUGGUGACGCGCGGCGCUGACGUCACCGCCGACGUCACCGCUGACGUCACCGCGCUGCGCGACGCCGUGCGCGCGCUCGCCCGCCGCCACCGCGCCGAGCUGCUGGAGGCGAGCGCGGGGGAGGGGGAGGGGCACGCGGGGGAGGGCGGCGAGGGGGAGGGGGAGGGCCGCUGGGACGAGGCCGAGCGCGCCGCGCUGUGGCUGGCGGCCGCGAGACUCGCCAAGGACACACUCAUCCUGCUGCUGCCGCCCGACGCCGAGUUCACCGAGGACUUCUUGAAUAGGGUGCGCAUGAACACGAUCGCGGGCGAGCAGUGGUUCCUGGCGAGCGGGUUCGCGCGGUUUGCGCACUUCUCGCACCCGCACUUCGUGGAGCCGGACGGCAGCCGGCCCGCGCGCGGCACCGGCCGCUUCGCGCCGCGCGCCGCCGCGCUGGCCGUGCACCGCGCCGACCUCGAGCGGGCGCGCCAGGCGUGGCUGGCGGCGGGCGGCGCGGACAGCGCGGCGCCGGCCGACGUGCUGGCGGCCGCGCCGCUGCGCUGCCUGCGCGCGCCCGACCCCGCGCUGCUGCGGCCGCCGCCCGCCGCGCCGUGCGCCCCGCGCGGCCCCGAGCCGGCCCCGCGCGGCCCCGCAUCGCCCCGCGCGCGGCUCGCGUGCCUGCAGCGCGAGCGCGACGCCAACUUCUCGCGGUUGAACCUGGGCGCGCGCCACACGCUCGCCAAGCUGCUGCUGCACGAGCAGGCGAUGCUCGCCUAGACUUCCUCCCGAAACUCGAAAAUAAACGAAGUUUUAAUAGU